AUGACCUUUAUUACCAGUCCCUUCGAAACAUCACCGCCGCACGAACCGUCACACGAUCACUCCCAUGAGUUGAAGAAGGUCCUUCCGGAGACAUUACAGUACGAGAGCGGCUUUCUUGGUUGCGUGCCAGAAAAGUUCGCCGGAGAUGAUGGUAACGGUCUUCCGGAGAGUACUAUGAUGAGCUACUUAACGAGGAUUUUAACGUCCAAGGUUUAUGAUGUCGCCAUUGAGUCACCAUUGGACUACGCUUCAAAACUCUCCACCAAGCUCGACGUUCAUCUUUGGCUCAAGAGAGAGGAUCUACAACCUGUUUUCUCCUUUAAAUUGCGAGGAGCUUAUAACAUGAUGGCAAAGCUUUCAAAGAAACAACUGGACAGAGGUGUCAUUUGCUCCUCGGCAGGGAAUCAUGCUCAAGGCGUUGCAUUAUCUGCACGAAAACUCGGUUGCACUGCCGUCAUUGUCAUGCCUAUUACGACUCCGGAAAUCAAAUGGAAAACAGUGCAGAGUUUAGGUGCAACAGUUGUGCUUGUGGGAGAGUCGUAUGAUGAAGCUCAAUCAUACGCACAGAAAAGGUCAGAAGACGAAGGUCUCAUAUUUGUACAUCCUUUCGAUCACCCAGAUGUGAUAGCAGGUCAAGGAACUAUAGGAAUGGAGAUACUACGUCAAUUUCAAGGCCCAUUGCACGCAAUAUUUGUGCCUGUUGGCGGUGGUGGACUAAUUGCCGGCAUUGCUACCUACGUCAAGAGUAUUCGGCCGGAGGUUAAGAUCAUUGGGGUAGAGUUAUCAGACGCAAAUGCAAUGGCACUAUCAUUACAUCACGGUGAGAGAGUUGUGCUUGAACGAGUAGGACGAUUUGCAGAUGGCAUAGCAGUCAAAAAAGUUGGGGAAGAAACUUUUCGAUUAUGCAAAGAACUAAUCGAUGGGGUUGUUCUUGUUAAUCGUGAUGCCGUUUGUGCAUCAAUAAAGGACAUGUUUGAGCAAAAACGGAGCAUACUUGAACCGGCAGGGGCAGCUGCCAUUGCUGGAGCUGAAGCAUAUUGCAAAUAUUAUGGACUGAAGGGUGAAAAUGUUUUGGCAAUAACCAGUGGAGCAAACCUGAAUUUUGAUAGACUGAGGUUGGUAUCCCAAUUAGCUGAUGUUGGUCGGAGACGCGAAGCUUUCAUUGCAACAUUUGUUCCAGAAAAGUGCGGAAGCUUCAAACUUUUCUGUGAAAUGGUUUGUCCUAUGAAUAUCAUCGAGAUCAGCUACAGAUUUCAUGAUGAAAAACAUGAAAGUCUUAUUCUGUACAGUGUUUCUUUUCACACAAUUUCGGAGUUGGAUGGGUUGUUGGACCGUAUGAAGUUGGCUCAGCUUCAAACAAUUAACCUCACUGAUGAAGAAUUAAUCAAAGAUCACAUGCAAUUUUUGGUGGGAGGUCAAUCAAAUGCCGAGAACGAGAUUCUUUGUCGGUUUUUCUUUCCAGAGAGACCAGGCGCUCUGAUGAAGUUCUUGGAUUUUUUCAGUCCCCUUUGGAACAUUACCUUGUUCCAUUACAGUGGACAGGGCGAAACCGGGGCCAAUGCUUUGGUGGGAUUCCAAGUCGCGAGCUCUGAGAUUGACAAGUUUAAGGGUUUGGCUGAUACUCUAGGAUAUGAUUAUGCAUUUGAGACGAACAAUGCAACCUUACAACUAUUGUUGCAUUAG